CAUUUAUCAACAACAACAAAUCGCGCAACCGCAACUCUACAAUCCUCAACGCAUAUCGACAUGGACAUCGACAGAGAACUGCGUGGCGGCGACGAACCCUAUGGCGCGGAGGGCGGAGAUAGAUGUGGGUGUCUUUCGGAUUAAGAAUACUGGACUGGGGCGGGUAGCGUAUCGGGGCUGGCGCGCUGGGUGGGGGUGGAGAAAGGAAAGGAAGGGUCUCGAGGGGCCCUGACUUGGAUAGCAGGAUAGACGGCUGGCUUGGAUGCUGCAGCCGUCUGGGAUAUGGGGCGAAGCGGGGGUGGAUUACGCGAGGCAGGAGAGGGAGUAUGCGGAUCCCGCCAAUCACUCAGCAACCCCCAUCCAACCUACCUUACCCCUUCCCCCACGCCCCUUUCCCGUUUCCUUUCAGGCGUCAGGAUGAGAGAAUUGGAUUCAGAAUGGAACGGAGGAGCUGAUAGAUGGAUUCUCUGUUGGAAAUGACAGAUUCUAGAAGGGACGACCGGGAUAGGAGCAGAAGUCGGGACCGCUACAGGCGCGACGACGAUCACUACCGUGCCGUGAGUCAUUUUCCUGCUGGUGGUGGUGUAGAGGGGUUGGAGCUAGAGCAGGUGUUUUCAAACCCAUAAAGGAACAGGACCUGACCGAAGACGGUGAUGGGGGUAUGGUUGUGGACGAACAGCGACGUAGAUCAUACUCUCGCUCCCGCUCGAGAUCCCGAACCCGCUCUCCCCACCGACACCACCGACAUCACCGCUCCCCUUCGCAUGACCGUGAGCGUGAACACGAGAGGGAAGGACGCCAUCGCGAGGGUGGUGAGCGCCGAAGGGACGAUUUCCGAGGUGGUCGCGGACGAGGCGGUGGUAAGUUUGGUGCCCCGCGAGCUGAAUGGGAGAAGAGUGUUGGCGGUCCUAUGAAUGCUCCUGCCAGCGAGGCCGAGGCGCACGCCAAGGUCAGCAAGAGGGAGAACAGGUUGUACGUCGGCAACUUGGCGUAUGACUGCAACUAUAAGGAUCUUGCGGCGUUUAUGGAGCGAGGCGGUGGCAAGGUUAUCUUCUCCGAGGUUCUUACGACUCCUGCCGGUCAAUCAAAGGGUUGCGGUAUCGUCGAGUACGCCACCCCUGAAGAGGCUCAGCGAGGCAAGGCCGAGCUUUCCGACAAGCCUUUCUUUGGUCGAUCCGUGUUCAUCCGUGAAGACCGUGAAGAGAAUGCUCGAUUUGGCGCCCCUUCUAUCCCCGGGAAGAUUGGUAUCGCUAUGGGCGAGGCCAGGAACUUUUUGGGCGCUCAGCAAGGCUUCGGAGGGCCUGGCUUCGGCGGUGGCUUCAACAAUCCCAAUAUUCCCAACAGGAAUCUGUUUGUCGGCAACCUUCCUCUCCAAGCUUCUUGGCAAGACCUCAAGGACCUCAUGCGCCAGGCUGGCGAGGUGAUUCGAGCGGACAUCAAGUUUGGGCCUGACGGCAGCCCCAAGGGCAUCGGAACAGUCGUCUUUGUGAACGCGGAUGACGCCAAGGCGGCCAUCGAAAUGUUCAACGGCUUUGACUGGUUCGGCAACGUUCUCGAAGUACGCGAAGACCGCUUUGUUCAGAAUGGCGGCUUCCGAGGUGGCCGAGGUGGUGCCUUUGGUUUCCGAGGUGGCUUUAUGCCUCGGGGUGGCUUCGGCUUCCGUGGUGGCUUCCGAGGCGGUUUCCGAGGAGGAUUCAUGGGCGGUGGUAUGGGUGGCGGCCAUAUGGGCGGCAUGGGCAUGGGUCAUAUGAACGCUGCUCAGAAUGCUGCUCAAGGUGGCGCCGGCGCCGCAGCUGGCGGAAGGGCUUUCAACGACAAUAUCUACGCCGACUACAACGGUCCUGAAGCCGGCAACAUCCCUGUCGAUGCUGCCCCUAGUGGUUUGGAGCCCAUCCCCGCUGAGCCCAACCAGCAGAUCCUUGUUCGAAACGUGAAUCCUCGCUCUACUCGAUUUGUGUCUGGGCUGACAUGAAUUAGCUCCCUUGGUCAACAUCCAACGAGGACCUUGUCGACCUCUUUGAGACCAUCGGCACUGUCACUGACGCCGAGAUCCUCUUCUCCAACGGUCAGAGUAAGGGAGAGGGUAUCGUGCAGUUUGCGGAGACCACAGAUGCUGCUAGCGCGAGUGAGAAGUUCAUGGGAUGGCCUUACGGUGGACGACAGCUUGAUGUCCAGUUCAACCCCCAGUGGCACGAGUUCUCUACUUCCGCCAUCAAAGUUCCCGCUGCCGCCUAAUCACCCUCCUCCCCCUUUGUUCAGCCCGACUCUUUCUACACCACUCUCGUAAAAAAGAAACACGCUGUUGUUAGCUGCUAUCAAGCAAACCAUGGAGAAAAAGAACUGUAGGAUAGGAAAUGAUGGAAGUGAAAACAUUUCGAUUCGACUCGGAGAGAUGGGAAUGAGAACCGACAUUGCGUAUAUCUGCUAAUGCAUCCCUCUGUAUGAUUCA